UUUUUUGUUUAAAAAUCCGAAUUAAAUUUGAAGAGAUUUUUGGAUAAGCACAAAAGAAACAACUCUCUCCUUUGUAGUUAUAAUCUUUCGGAAUUUUGGUUAGACAAAAAGCGAAAUAGUACACAAAAUUGCUGGUGUGUAUAGAGAGACAAUUCCGGAACAGACAGUUUUUAUUUUAUUUUUAAUUUGGUUAGACAAAAAGUGAGAGAGUACACAACAAUAGGCAUUCAUAAGAGAGAGACAAUUCCGGAACAGACAUUUUUUAUUUUUCUUUUAGGUGUAGUAAUAUUUUAUUCUUCUCACUACGCGAACCUUUACGUUCUCCUCUAUUAAAAUUAACUCCACAACAAGUUGAUAGCAAUAACAAUACUCGUAAAGGAUUAAUUCAUUCACUAGCAGACUUUGUUUGUGGAGGUUUUCUUGGUGGAUGUAUCUCAACUUUAUUUUAUCCAAUCAAUGUUGUGAAGAAUAGAAUGCAGUCAAGUGUUUGUGCAGAAUUUAUUUCUUCCUGGCUUGUUCUAAAAACAAUAAUGACUGAAAGAGAUGGAUCAAUACGUGCUUUGUAUCGUGGUGCUCAAUUAAAUUUUUCAAGAUCGGUUUUAACAUGGGGUAUAACAAAUUCAGUUUAUGGAUUUUUAAUUAGAGAAUUUUUUUGA